AUGAGAGGUAGAUUCUGCUGCGCAGUUGCCAAUCCCACUAUCAAAGAAAUUGCAAUUUACUUCCAAGAAAACUACAAGGAAUACAAGAUGAAGAUAGCAAAAGAAUUGCCUCAAGGACCAGAAGAAGGAACCAAACGUGACUUUACUAAGCUGGCGAAGAUGGGGUUUGAAUAUAAGUAUGGCAUGAAGGAUGUACUAGAUGACAGUGUAGCAUGUGGAAGGCUUUUCAUUUGGAGCUCUUUUUCUCAAGUAAUUUAA